GGCGGCCUCCGGGCGGUAGGGGGCGGCCUCGCCAGCACCCGCUGCUCCAGGUCCCCGGCUCUGCGCUUUUCGGGUGACACGGCAACCUCGGGCGGCGGGCCGCGUCUGCCGGGCAUGGCGGCGUGGGGCCCGGCCGCGGCAGCGCCUCUGCUCCGUGGAAUCCGCGGGCUUCCUCUUCUCCACUGUGGUCAUCGGACGUUUGCCUCCCAGACCGAGGGGGAGCUCAAAGUGAUGCAAAUUCUCAAAGAAAAGUUUCCUCGAGCUACAGCGAUCAAAGUCACUGACAUUUCAGGAGGCUGUGGGGCAAUGUAUGAAAUCAAAAUUGAAUCAGAAGAAUUUAAGGAGAAGAGAACUGUUCAGCAGCAUCAGAUGGUUAAUCAGGCACUGAAAGAAGAAAUCAAAGGAAUGCACGGAUUGCGGAUAUUUACCUCCGUCCCCAAACCCUGAGCCCCGCCUGGCCACGUUGACACAGCUGCUUCAAACCUUUGAUGACUUGACUGACACCACCCUUCUUCCCUAGGCAUUUGCCAAAAACUUUGAUCUAUUUUGUGCAUAGAUAUUUCCAUGUUAUAAUUAUAGAGGAAUACGCUAUCUAUUUAGAUGUGAAUUAAAAGCAACAGACAACGGAA